AUUUGCAGGCUCAUCUGUCUGUCCAGAACCUGCUCCCACCUCAGGCCCAGGCUGACUGUGAGCUGCCGAAAUGGGCUCUCAGCUGGAGACCGCGAUGGAGACCCUCAUCAACGUGUUCCAUGCCCACUCGGGCAAGGAGGGGGACAAGUACAAGCUGAGCAAGAAGGAGCUAAAAGAGUUGCUGCAGGCCGAGCUCUCCGGCUUCCUGGAUGCCCAGAAGGAUGCCGAUGCUGUGGACAAGGUCAUGAAGGAGCUAGACGAGGACGGAGAUGGCGAGGUGGACUUCCAGGAGUACGUCGUGCUGGUGGCUGCCCUCACUGUGGCCUGUAACAGCUUCUUCUGGGAGAAUAGUUGA